AAUUUCAUUUCUUCCCCAAUUUUCACACACACACACACGCAAACACAGUAACUAAUUAGCCAUACACAUACCUCUCCCCUUUGCUCUAGCUCUUCUCCAUCUCUUUAACAGUUUUCGAGGAUCAUUUUUUUUUCUGAAAUUUGGAGAUUACUUUUGUAUCAUGGCCGGUCUCGAGAUGAAUGAGUGGAAAAAGAUUGGACUGGGGUUAACUGGAUUUGGUGUCUUCUUCUCAUUUUUGGGAAUCAUUUUCUUCUUCGACAAGGGACUACUUGCCAUUGGAAAUAUCCUAUUCAUCUCAGGAGUGAUAAUCACUAUUGGAAUCAAGUCCUCCAUGCAGUUCUUUAUGAAACCUACCAACUUAAAGGGCACCAUUUCUUUUGGUGUUGGCUUCUUCUUUGUUAUAAUUGGGUGGCCUGUUAUAGGAAUGGCGUUGGAAACUUAUGGUUUCAUUAUACUGUUCAGUGGCUUUUGGCCAACAUUAGCAGUUUUUGUGCAGAAGAUACCUGUCAUUGGUUGGGUAUUUCAACAGCCUUAUAUUAGAUCGUUCUUUGACCGCUACCGAGGAAAAAGGGUGCCUGUAUAAGUUGAGUCAUUUCUUGGCCAAUGAAAUCUCCGGGAAUGAUACAUGUAAGCAUUGUCUCUACGAAGUGUUUCAAGUUCAGACACAUGUUUGUAGGGUAAUUAUACCUUUACUGCUAAAGUUCGGUGCUGAAAUAGAAAAUGCUUUUGUGGUUUCACAGAACAUUGUUGCCACUUUGGCUGUGUAUAAUAUCUGACCAAAUCUGAUUCAGUUAAUUGUUAGAUUGUUUUAGCUAGUUUCAGUUUUUUCUAUUUUUGUAUAAACUGGGAGUACUGUAUAAUUUUGUCUAUGGUUCAUAUUGUGAAGA